UCUCGGGCAGCUACUGUUCAUUGCAGUUAUUGCUGCCAAGAAAGGAGGGCAUCAGGCUUAAGGGGACUCAUCCCAACCUUCCUCCCAGUCCCAGGAGUAGUCCAGCAUCCUUCAGAGAGGCUCGAAUGGAAUAUUCUAUGGGCAAGCUAAUAUCACCUCACCUCUGCUGAGGUGGGAGCUGGUGGGUCCUCCCUGUUAACUGUGCAUCUCAGUGUCUUUUCUCCAAGUGAGCUUGACCUUGAAAGGAUUGUCACUGUGAACCAAUCAGACAGGAGUCUCCUUCACUGGCUCAGGGUCAGGAGAACAAACAGCGUAUGAAACACUCUGACGAGAACAAAAGUCCCAGCGCUGAUAGGCAAAUCUCAAGCUUGGGCAGCUGAGCCAAGAACAGGAGCCAGAGUCCACCUGCCUUGUUCACAUGCGUAGAAGUCAAGUGCAGGCUUGAUCUGCAUCAGAUUCCUUUUGCCCAGGAUCUGUCAUAGCAGGUAGCUGACGAGAUUUCCCUGCAAGGACCAGCAACAUGCACUGUGCCAUCCAAAACGCAGCCGUGCUGGAGGGGGCUCAUUUGAUGCAGGUCUUCUGGCAGGAUGGCUCGGAGUCUCUCUACCCAGCUGUAUGGCUGCGAGACAAUUGCCAGUGUCCCGACUGCUACCUGGAUUCUGCAAAAGCGCGGAAGCUCCUCAUCGAAGCUCUUGAUGUGAACAUCGGGAUUCAAGGCUUGACGUUUGACAGGAAAAAGGUUUGUAUCACAUGGCCAAAUGAGCAUUACAGUGAAUUUGAAGCUGACUGGCUGAAGAAAAGAUGUUUUUCACAGCAGGCCAGAGAAAAACUCCAAAGAGAAUUAUUUUUGCCAGAAUGUCAGUACUGGGGCGCCGAGCUCCAGCUACCCACACUGGAUUUUGAAGAUGUUUUAAAAAAUGAUGAACAUGCCUGCCAGUGGCUCUCCACCCUCAAGAAAAUAGGCAUAGUACGACUCACAGGAGCAUCUGACAAACGAGGACAAGUUUUAAAACUUGGGAAAAGGAUCGGUUUCCUUUAUCUCACAUUUUAUGGACAUACUUGGCAAGUGCAAGACAAAAUUGACGCAAACAAUGUGGCUUACACAACCGGGAAGCUAAGCUUUCACACUGAUUAUCCAGCCCUCCAUCAUCCACCUGGGGUUCAGUUUCUGCACUGCAUAAAGCAAACAGUCACUGGGGGUGAUUCAGAAAUCGUAGAUGGGUUUAACGUAUGCCAAAAGCUCAGGGAAAAAAAUCCUCGAGCAUUCCAGAUUUUGUCCUCCACUUUUGUGGACUUUACAGACAUUGGCGUGGAUUACUGUGAUUUCUCUGUGCAAUCCAAACACAAAAUUAUAGAAUUAGAUGAUAAAGGCCAAGUGGUUCGCAUCAACUUCAAUAAUGCAACCAGAGACACGGUAUUUGAUGCACCCGUCGAAAGAGUUCAGCCUUUCUAUGCUGCUCUGAAGGAGUUUGUUGACCUCAUGAACUGUAAAGAAUCCAAGUUUACUUUCAAGAUGAAUCCAGGUGAUGUGAUUACUUUUGAUAACUGGCGUUUACUUCAUGGCCGACGUAGCUACGAAGCAGGAACUGAGAUAUCCCGCCAUCUAGAAGGAGCUUAUGCCGACUGGGAUGUGGUCAUGUCAAGGCUUCGUAUCUUAAGGCAGAGUAUCCAGAAUAGAAACUGAAUCUCCCGUCUAUAAUUUCAGUAAGAUUCCAACUAUAAGACAUGACAAGGUUGUCUUCACAGACCAUGAUCCAUGUCAUUUCCAUAUUAAUUUCUUUCACAUUGAACAUGUCACCUUUCUUGGACGGGUUUUCUUUUCUUUGUAAUCAUAUAUAAUGCCAACUUUUUAGAUGUAUUAGCAGUGUUCUUUCUAUAUACAAAGCAUUUCUUCUGCUCUAUUGUAUGUAGGAUCUAAUUUCUUUUGCCUAUAUAUGAGUCUCCAGAAUGCCUACAAAUAGUUGUACCAAAUAAAACUUUUUCAAAUAAACCCUUUUUUAAAAAAGAUUUUGUUUCAAAUAAAGCUUGUGUUUCAAA